AGUAAAUGAGUAGAAGUGGAGUGCUCGUAGAAGAUGUCGGAUGAUUGGGAAAAGUAUGUUGUUCCUCAUCUUGUUGAGCUAGUCAAAAUAUUGCAGCCAUCGUGUUUUUUGGAUCACUUGCGAGCAGACGGCUUACUUAGUCGAGAGGAAUGCGCUACACUAACGAAGUCAUAUCAGACUGAGGAAUCACGUUCAAGAGCGUUACUAGAAGAUUUCUUACCGCGGAAAGGACCCGACGCGUUGACCAGAUUUUGUAGCAUUUUGCGAAAAGUUGGACAAGAACAUGCUGCUGAACUAAUUCAAGGUAAACGGUCAGUUGAGCAGGCAGCAAGCAGCCACGGAUCCGUGAAAAGAAAGCGGAGUCUUUCAAAUAAUGCCAAACGAUUCAGAGACGCUUCAAAGGUGGUGAAGUCGACAUUCUGUUUUAGACAGGAGGACGAAGACAUCCUCAAGGACCGCGAGGAUACAUUGCGUGCUAUGUGUCGUACAUUUUUUGGCGUGGAAGAAGGCGAGGUGGAAUUUAUCUACCAGAAUGAGUCUUCUCAAUGCUACAGCGACACUAGCUCAAAACUUGCUACGUUGAUUCUUCACAGCGUUCAACCAGACCUAGUUCAGAGCUAUCGAGAUAGAAUGAUUGAGUGUGUUGUCGCAUUUCUUGAGGAUGGUGGUCGUAAGAAAGUAAAUCGGGAACAGAUUGAGCUCCUAAGCGUUAUGCCUGGAUCUUCAGUUAUUGUUUUCCGUUUUAGCUUUGAGAUUUACUUUCAAUUUCUUUGUGCUUUGGGUAGUCCAAAAUACACAAUGCUGGGUGCCUUGCUAAGAAAAUUAUUUUCAAACCUAGAGUCAGCUGAAUUUAUAAUUGGUGCUCUUCCACCUAUUGACUUGUUCAUAGGUGACAGACAGAAAGUUUCUAGACAGGAAUCUUCUGAGUCUGUUACGCACGUCUCAUCUGUUCUAUCAAGGUUUUCAUCAGAGAAAGCUACGAUUUUGCACCAACUACAAAACUGUCUCCAGUCUGCGAUCAACGUUUUGAUAUCUGAUCGAGUUGUUAGUGAGGAAGAUGUAGCAGAUGUUAUUAGCAUCUUACAAGAACUAGAUGAUCCCGAAAUAGCAACAGAAGCUCUUUACGAUGUCGUCCUCGAGAAGGCCGAAAGCGACCCCAGCAUUGUGGUGGCAUUUAGAGAGUCUAUUGGCAAAGUGACCCCGACUAUUUGCGGCUCAUCUCCACGUUUAACCUGGCAACAGCUGAAACGAAAACGAGAGGCCGUUGUGCAAACAUUAGACACGAGUGCUGUUGAUGCAUGUGUUGAGAAGGGUGUCAUCACACGUCAACAGUAUCAGGGUCUGACAAAGCUCAAGCAGAUGGGAAAGCCUUCCCAUGUUGUUGCUGACAGAUUUUUCCAUGUAUUGGAGAAGUUGUCUGAGGAUGACCAAGGCUCACAGUUGGCAGAAUUUGAGAAGAUUCUUUCGGACAAGCAGCCAAACUUACUGAAGACAUUGCUAGAAGCCGAUCAAAAUCAUCAUACGAAUGAUAGUAUUGAGACGAUUGGCAUUGGUAGCGACUUGGGAUCUCAGACAGCAGCAAGUUAUAUUUCGGAUAAAUCUGCUGCAAUUUCAACGGCAAACACUAGAGACGAAGCAUCGUCUUCUAAUGAGCCGAUACCUUCAGAUUGUAGUCGGCAGUCUCACUUCAGUAAUGCAGUAGAAAAUGUUACGCAUUUAGGAAGACGUCUUGAAUCUGACAGUGAGCGACAAUUGAGAAUGAAGCAGCAAUUCUACGAAAUGAUGAUCGGAGAUAGUCGUCCUAAUUCUACAAACGAUGACAGUCUUUUCACAGUUGAGCUGGAAAAGCUCUCUUCAGAAAAGGUAGUAGAUAUCUAUCGUAAAUGUGGCGGUAAGGGGUUUGCUGUCCAUCUCAAGUCCUAUUUAGUGGAUUUGUUAAAGCGAAGAGAAAACUUUCAAUCAGUUGUAGAUGUGUUUGUUUCCGUCCUGGCAAGGCAAACAAGGGCGGACGAAACUGCUGCGCUUCCUCGUUUGCUCUUGGAGAUAACGCUCAAAGAUAUUUUUAUUGCUUUGUUAGAGGUAAUGCCUGAUGCAGUUCACAGUCGCCUCGUGUCUCUCUAUUCGAGUCUGUAUUGCGCUGUUCCGUUCGCUUACGUUCUUCAACUUUCUGUAGACGAUACUCGAACAGUCACAAACUUUCAAUCUCUUGAAGAUGUUCUCGCAGUCCCAAGUCAUCCACUCGUCGUAUCAUGUGGUACAGCAAACGCUGUACGGAAAGGAAAAUCAACAUUGACGGGAAAGUUGGUAGGACAACUAGAGACUACGUCGUUAGGUUUUGAUUCGUUUGAUGUGUGCUCUGACGAAGGUGAUGGCGGUUUAUGUCAUUCCCCUUCUAUUGAUCUUUUACUUGAGGUCAAAUCUAACGUUCGUUACGGUCUCAACUUUGCCGAUGUCCACGGGUUUACGUAUGAAAAAAGUUUUUGUCAUGCUUUGUCAACUCUUUGCUCGGUUGCAGCUCUAGUACUUGUUCACGUGACUGCUAAUGACUUUGGUCCUGGAGGUUCUCUUGGUGACAGUUUGCGAUCGUUUUUACUAGAUAGUUGUAAUCUUCACUGCAGCAACGCAGAAAUUGCCAUUUUUGUUCGUGAUGUUCCCAGUAGUGCAGAAAUGUCCCAUACCAUUCCACAAUCGUCAUCAAUUAAUCAAUCGUUAGGAGAGAUUUUUCCUAAUAGAAUAGCACAAGUUGUGUUCGUCGAAGAUCUUGCCAAAUGUCGCACUCAGGGGCAGCGACAGAUGACUGUUAUACGUAUUAAAGAUGAGAUGGCACCGAUAUUUGACAAACUCAAACAACGAUUACCUUGCUCCGAAGUUAUUCAAAGGAGUCUGGUAGGCAAUUAG